AUGGCACCAAACGGCGAAAAGAAUCUUGGAGCUAGCUCCGAUAAGGAUCAUAGCCGUAUUCGCGGGGUCCUGUCCAGUGCCUUUUCAGAAAAGGCAGUCUAUGCGCAAGAGGAUCUCUUGCUUCGCCACAUCAAUUACAUGGUGGAACGGAUCUGCAGCCUUAAUGGAACGCCCACAGAUGCUGUCCGCUGGCUUCACCAUUGCACGUUCGACAUCACGACGGACCUCUCCCUCGGCACCAGUGCCAAGACACUGGCCUGUGACACAUGGAGUCCGCAGGCUCAUCUGAUGUUUGAAGGCAUCAAGGAAGGCAUCACCGCCGUUGAAAUACUGCGCUUCGUGCCUUUCAAGUACCAGGCCUUUGGUAUUUUGAUCAAAAUGUUCGGAAAAGCGCGGCUUCAGGCAUUCGAAGCGGCAGUAGACCAGGCACGCAAGCGCAUGACCCAUGCUGCCACAGACAAGGGGGACAGGAGGCCGGACUUCGUAUCGUAUAUCGUCAAGGCAAACGAGACGUCCAGAGCGCUGACACCGAGUGAGAUCACCGCGAAUGUCGCCCUUCUGCUUGAUGUUGGAUCCGAGACCACGGCCUCCCUGCUUGCCGGCUGCCUUUUCCAUCUAGCCAAGAAUCCGCACAUCCUUGAAAAGCUUACUUCGAUGAUCCGGAAAGAGUUUUCGACACCCCAGGAUAUCAACUCCAAGAUGCUGGCCAGAAUGAGUUACCUCACAGCAGUGUUCAGUGAGGCUCUUCGCAUCUAUCCGCCAGUGGCAGGUGCUACGCCCCGACUAACGCCUCCAGAAGGCUCUCAAAUUGACGGCCAAUACAUCCCAGGUAAUAUGAGCGUCGCUAUCAACCAGGUCGCCAUGAAUAGGUCUUCUCGGAACUUCAACAAACCGGACGAGUUCGUGCCCGAGCGCUGGCUAGGUGAUGGCUGCUUCGCGGAAGAUCAACCACAAAUGUGUCUGCCAUUCUCCCACGGCCCCAGAGCCUGCCUUGGUCGCAAUCUCGCCUGGGCUGAAAUGCGACUCAUCCUGGGGCAUUUACUCUGGAUUUUCGACGUAGAGUUGAUGCCUGAGUCUCAAGAUUGGAGCAAUCAGAAAUCGUGGUUCAUUUGGGACAAGCCAGACCUUAUGAUACGCUUCAAAGAGCGCGAAAUAAGAGUCAACGGCAAGGUGCGGAAGUAG